GAUUAAAUAUUAUUUUUAGUUAAAUUGUUAAAUAUAAUUGUAAAAAACGUGUAAAAAAAUGAUUUUAUGUCUUCCUUCGGUUAUCACCUAGUAAAAUUGAUGUUCCUCUAUUUUCUUCUAUUUUCCUCAUUUUUGACAAAAAAUUCUCUCCUUUUUCAAUUUUGAUGUUGGUCACUCUACAUAAAUGUCAAAUAGUAAAAAAUAAUCUCUCUAAUUAACAUUAAUGAAACAGGAUCGUGUCAGAAAUGAAAUUGAUGCUAGUAUGAAGAACACUGAAGGAAAACUUACAGAAUCUUCUUUACAAAAUCUUAAAUAUUUAGAAGGAUGCAUUCAAGAGUCGAUGCGUUUAUAUCCGCCUGCUCCUCUCAUAGCACGAGUUACUUCAGAAAAGGCACAAUUAAAAUCAUAUUUAAUACCGCCUGGAACGGUAAUAUUUUUAUCUAUCUACGCAGUACAUCACGACCCAAAUUUUUGGCCAAAUCCGGAAUUAUUUAAUCCGGAUAGAUUUACAAAUAAAAAUAACCAAAAACAUUUAUAUUCAUACAUACCUUUUAGUGCUGGUAAACGGAACUGUUUGGGUCAAAAUUUUGCCUUGCGGGAAAUGGAGGCAGUAAUAUCAACAUUAAUUCAUAAUUUCUACCUAAAACCGGCAGAUUUAUUAGAGAAAACGCAAUUGGAAGUUGAUAUGUUGUUACACCCUAUUACUCCGAGGCGUGUAACAUUUAUUCCUAUUGCCAAAUGAUAAUAAACUAGCGGAUAAAAUUUUUCCUUCUUUUCUCCAUUUGAUUCUAAAAUUUAAUAAAGUAGAAUUAAAUUUAAAAUUGUAAAUCGCCUUUCCACCUUUAAUUCUAAUAAAAAUCAUAAUAUUGAAAUAAUAAUAAGUUAAGAUUGUACGAUGAUUACGUGUACUUCCAAACUCAGAUUGGGCUUAUUAAUCGGCGAGAUUCCGCUCCCCAGGGCGAUCACCAUAAUCAGAUCGGUAAGUUUCAAUCGCAUCGGCGCGGCGCGGCGCGGCGCGGCGCAGCGAGCGA